UUCUAAACACAGUGACAUUCCAUCGCUCGGGCUCGGCGAACUAGCAGGUUAGUUUUAGCACCAUAUUUUUGCGCAACCAUUUUAUUCCCACUGUUUCGUGACCGUGGUGUUUCCGUCUUUCGUCUAGUCUCGCAGUGAUCACAUAGAUUCGGAAUUCAAAUAAAAAUAAACUAAAAGCAAUCAGACUCCGCCGGAUUUUUGAUCCAGACCGAGACAGAGGCCGGACUGAAGAAAGAUAAAACAAAAAUAUUAUAUUUUCGAUUGUUUUGUCUGUACGCUCGCUCCCCUCUUUCGUAAAAAGAAAAAAAAAAGUGUCGUCAAUCGUUUGUGGUGGGAAAAUGUGUUUGAAGUAGAAUACAAAAAAAAGAAAAAUAAAAGAAAACGAAGAGAGGUGUUUCAUUGAAAUUAUAUAUUGUUGUUGCUUGAGCUUUGAUAUACCUACCUUCCUGCUAAACGUUACAAGCAUAUUGGACAGAAGACCACAUCAAAAAGGAAGAAGUUCAUAGUCGGAGAAAACAUCUGGAUACAUGGAAAUUGUGAUGUCUUAUUGAGAAACAUCUAAAGAAGCAGCACAUAAUAAAGAUCCAGCGCCAUGUUUAAUAUAGGAAAUGUUGUUCUACCGCUUAUAGUAUUAGCCCUGGUGAAGAUAACAAAAUGUGAUACAAAUCUCCCUCCAGUGUUCACCCAAGAGAUGAACAAUAUUGUUUUGUCAGAGAAUAAAACGGUUGGUUCUGUUGUAUAUCAGCUUGAAGCCUUUGACCCUGAGGGAAGUAAUGUUACCUUUGGUUCGAUUGGUUCGGAUCAUUUCAAAGUUGAUCCAGAAUCUGGAAAUAUCACCUUAAUUAAACCCUUAGACAGAGAGGAAAAAGCAACCCUAACAUUUCUUGUAACUAUUCGAGAUCGGGUAAAUCCCGAAGGUGAAUCCGAUCAGGAUAAUGUUGUCCAAGUACCAAUAACUGUGAUUGUACUUGACGAGAAUGACAAUCCACCAGAGUUUCAAAAUGUGCCCUAUGAAGCUGAUGUGGAAGAAGAUGCAGCUAUAGGUUUAACCAUUUUUGAUAAAAUUUUAGUUAAAGAUAAAGAUACUGUUGGUGAUGAUUUGGCAAUAUCUUGUGUGCCACAAGAUCAAAGUCCCGAGGCGUGCUCUAAAUUUCGUCUUGAGAUUAUUCAAAGCAAACAAGAUAUUCUUCAAGCUGCUGUGGUGCUAAAUGAUACACUGAAUUACAAUCAACGAAUGAUUUAUCAUUUUCAGAUUGAAGCUACGGAUGGAGUUCAUUUGACACAUACAAAUUUUGAGGUUCGCGUUAAGGACGUUCAAGAUAAACCUCCGGUCUUUCAAGGUUCUUUGUCGACAGUCAUCGAUGAAGACAGUCCAAUUGGAACUUUAGUUUUGAAAAUACAAGCCCGUGAUGGAGAUACGGGGGAACCCAGAAAGAUUGUUUAUGAUCUUUUGACAAAUCCAAUGGACUAUUUUCUUCUUGAUGAACGAACUGGGGAACUAAGAACUGCUAGGCCUUUAGAUCGAGAAGCACUAAAUGACAGCACUGGACUAAUAUCUUUGCUGGUCAGAGCACGAGAACUAAUAGAUGGUGUCCCGGGAAAUGAUAACCUAACUAUGGCAACAGCACAAGCAACUGUUACAAUUCGUGAUGUUAAUGACUCACCACCGAUGUUUAAUAAGAAAGAAUACGAGGUGUCCUUGUUGGAAAACACCGCACCAGGUACUCCCUUAGCAUUGGACAUGAAUGUAACCGACCGAGAUGUGGGCAUUAAUUCAAAAUUUUCCCUUCGGUUGGAUGACGUCUCUGGAGUCUUCGAAGUUGAACCAAAGUUCGUGACAGGAUUCUCGCAAGUAAACAUUCGCGUUGGCGAUGGAACUUUAGACUAUGAGAACCCCAAUCAGAGGAAGUUUAUUGUUUUGGUUAUUGCUGAAGAAACUGAAACAAAUCCGAAACUUUCAUCGACCGCAACAAUUACCAUUUCCGUAGUAGAUGCAAAUGAUAAUAAACCAAUCUUUGAGCGGGAAUCUUAUUCAGCCUCUGUUUCCGAAUCGGCUCUUCCUGGUCAAUACAUCACAUCGAUUACAGCUAAAGAUAUCGAUUCCGGAAACUACGGUGAUGCUGGUAUACGAUAUAGUAUAUCCGGCACCGGUUCGGAAUUAUUUCACGUGGAUGAGGAAACGGGUGUUAUAACUUUAGCUGAUUGCGAGAAAUCAACAACAACAAAAAAUGGAAAUGUUGAACUUGUUAAAAGGAAACGACGACGAAGACGUGCCGGUGCUGAUGCCGAUGCCGAUUUCGAAGAUGAGUACGAUAUUAAGAGUGCUGAAGGACAAAAAGUCAACAUAUCGACCAAUGGGUUGAGUGGCUUGUUAAAUAUUGAAAUAAGCACUGAACCUGCUGUUGAAUAUACUGUAAUUAACACCAAGGACGAAAUGGAAAAUAAUAUGAAAAAGAUGUCCGUUGCAAAUGUCGAUGUAUCGAAUUCAAAUGAAGUAACUAACGAAGUUGUGUCGCCACCAUCUCAAAAGACAUGUUUAGAUUAUGAAACUGAAACUACAUAUUUUUUGUCAUAUAAGGCAACUGAUGACAAUGGAAAAGGUCAAACUUCGGUGGUCUCUUUGAGGAUAUCAGUAACUGACUCUAAUGAUUCACCUCCAGUUUGUGAAAGUCCAUUGUAUAGAGCCUCAGUAGAUGAAGGAUCGACAGUAUUUGAUUCGCCAUUAGUUGUAAAGGCAAGAGAUGCUGAUACCGUAUCAGACAUAACAUACAGAAUAAUUGGUAACGAACAAAUUGAUAGUAUUUUUGACAUCGACAAACGAUCCGGCCAAGUUACAAUUAAGCCCGAUGCAGUGCUUGAUGUGAAUCAUUUAAGAUCUGACAACUUGAUUUUCGCCGUUGAAGCCAAUGAUGGCGUCUUCUCUGUGAAUUGUGGAAUCAAUAUAACUGUACGCGAUGUUAACAAUCAUGCACCGAAAUUUUUGUCCGAUAGUUAUUCUGCAAUUGUUGAGGAGAAUUCCGAAAUUGGAACAAGUGUUGAACGUUUGCAAGCAACCGAUUUAGAUUCUGGUAUUAAUGCUGAGUUAAGAUAUCGUAUACAACAAGGAAAUUUUGACGAUUUCCGCAUUGAUGAGACUUCCGGAGAGAUAUUUGUAUCCAGAAAAUUGGACUAUGAUCGGAGGAACACGUAUCAGCUUGAAGUUUUAGCAACUGACAUGGGAACACCAAGUCUAUCGGGAACUGCAACAUUAACAGUGACUAUAGUAAACAGCAAUGAUAAAGAUCCCUAUUUUACACCAGCAACACAACGUGCUGAGGUCCGAGAAGAUGAACCUGUUGGAACAGUAGUUUAUACUUUGGUAGCAAUUGAUCCAGAUGUUGAUACACAUACAGCAUUGGAAUUUGCUGCAACUGAUCCAAUAACUGCUAUUGACAAAGAUGGCAACGAAUUAGAAAAUGCUGAUGAAUUAAAAGAAUAUUUCUCAGUUAAUCGAAACGGAAAAGUAGUUGUUAGCAAGAAACUCGAACGUAAUCUAUUUGCGGUUAUUCGAAUAACAGUUUUGGUAACCGAUAGUACAGCUCCAACAACUCAACAAGGCAAAGGUCUAUUAAUAAUAUCUAUCAUAGAUGUUAAUGAAAUUCCACCGAAAUUCAACCCACCCUGGACUCCCGAAAAUCCCAUAAUCAAACUGCAAAUGGUCGAAGAACAACCGAUCGGUUCAGUUCUUACAACACUUCAAGCUAUCGAUGAAGACUCAACAAUUGGAGAAUACAGUAUCUCACCAAAUCCCUUCUUUGAAAUAAAUCGAACAUCGGGUGUUAUCACAUCGACAGCACGUAUCGAUUAUGAAACAAAUAAGGAAGUUCGAUUUACAGCAACAGUCACAGAUACUGGCGUCCCACAAUUAAAUUCAACUGCCGAAGUGAUUGUGGACAUAAUCAAUUUAAAUGAUAACGAACCACAUUUUACCCAAACGGAAUAUUACUUUAAUAUAACAGAAAAUUCACCCCGCGGAACAGUUGCUGGCAAAGUAGAAGCGUUCGAUGAUGAUAGUGGAGUUUUUGGAGAAAUAACUUACUCACUGAUUGGAGAAAACAAUAAGUACUUUUUAAUUGAUGCUUAUACUGGAAGCAUAAUGGUAGCCGAUUCGAGUAUACUAGACAGAGAGAAGACCAGUCGGAUAACAUUGACUGCUGUUGCACAAGAUAAAGCACCUUCCACGCUCCAGAAAUCCGCAACAGCUUCUAUCUUUAUAAAUGUCCUUGAUGUGAAUGAUAAUCCACCUGUGUUCACUCAGAAAGAGUAUACAUCCACAGUUGCCGAAAAUGCAGCUUUAGAUCCACCAGCAAAACUUCUACAGGUAAGAGCAGACGAUCUUGAUACAGGACUAUUCGGAGAUGUUCGAUAUUUCAUCAUAAGUGGAAAUGAACAAGAACUCUUCAAAUUAGAUUCACAUUCAGGAAUAAUCUAUCCAGCCCAGAGUCUUCAAGAUAAGAAAGGUGUAUACAAUUUGACAGUAUCUGCAAGAGAUACUCAAGGCGCUGGCACUUUCGAAAGUACAGCAUCGGUUGUGAUUAACGUUUUAGGUGUUAACCAGCAUCACCCAAUAUUUGUCAUUCCUGCAUUGUCCAAUGCAACAAUUGAAAUUCCAGGCGACGUGGUAAAAGAAGAUUAUCUCAUAAUGACAGUGAAAGCCAAUGACAAUGACACAGGCGAAGAUGGAAGAAUUUCAUACCAUCUACAGAUAAACAAUCAAAAUGUUCAAGAAACUGAUGAAUUUGUGAUAAGUAAAUUUACAGGCGAGUUAAGAAGCAAAAAAGAACUACACCGAAAAGAUAGAGCGAACUACGAUUUGAUUUUAGUAGCUCAAGACCACGGUACGCCAAAACCAUUUGAAACACUUCGUUUUUUGAGUAUAAGUAUUGUGGAUGCCAAUGAAAAUCGGCCCGAAUUUCCCGAUUCUGCCAAUCCGUAUAAGGUUUCGAUUAACGAAAAUAGCGGAAGAGAAGUUAAAGUUGGACGUAUCCAAGCUUCAGCCAGAAGUAAGCAUAGUAAAGAUAUUUACUAUUACAUGUUGUUGGGUAAUGAAGAUGGAGCUUUCUUUGUGGAUAAAACAACAGGAGACAUUUUCACCAAUAAGUCACUCGAUAGAGAAGUGACUGAUUUCUAUACACUUUACAUCCUGGCUAGUACAAAUCCUGAACUUCAUAUAUCCGAAGAAGAACGUGCAUCAUUUUCAAUAAAAACUCUCGAAAGAGACAAUACUAUUGCAAAAGUUCUCAUUACAGUUCUUGACGUCAAUGAUAAUGAACCAAUUUUCGAAAAAACUGUCUACUACGCUGGAAUAAAUGCAAAAUCAUCUUUGAAUGGUUUUGUUACAGUUGUCAAUGCAACCGACAAGGAUUAUGGUAAAAAUGCCAAAAUAGAAUAUAUGAUUAUAGCUUCGAAUCUGUACAAAUACGGUUCAAGCAAAUCAACUGGUUCGAUUGUUCCAAGCCCAUUCAGCAUAUCUCCUGAAGGAAGGAUCACUACAUCAGCAUUUAUGGCAGAAUACAAUCAAGAUCGCUUCGAGCUGGAAAUAAUGGCUAAAGAAGUGGAACCUCCAGAGAGAUCGGCUAAAGUUAAAGUCAAUAUUUGGAUCUUCGAUUCAUCUCAGCUUAUUCGCAUAAUUCUUUCGCGACCUCCUGAAGAAGUUUACCAAGAGCAAGAUGAAAUCAUCGCUGAACUGCGGAAUGCCACUCAACAUCGAAUUAUCGUUGAUGAAAUACGUUUUCAUGUCGACUCCAUGGGACGCAUUCGAAUGGAUUGGUGUGAUCUUUUCUUCCAUGCUGUGGACGAAAGUCAACAAAUUGCUCCUGUCGAUGAUAUUCUAAAAGUUAUUGAUACUAAUUAUGACUAUUUAAAGGACUAUUAUUCGGGUUAUGCGAUAGAAAAUGUUGUACCUGCUUACAUAACAAUUGUGCAAGAGGAAUUCGACUUGGCUUUGGCUGGUUUAGUGGCGCUGAUUAUUGUUUUGUUUGUUGGUGUCAUUAGUUUCAUUGUGCUAUGUUGCUGUCUCAAGCAUUGGAAUUUAUCUGUGCCAGUGGAAAAUCGUCGUAAAGAAGCACUGAUUAAAAAACAAAUUAUCGAAGAUCUUAACACGACGGAAAAUCCACUUUGGAUUGAACAGAAACUUAAACUUUACGAAGAACAAGAACUUACAAUGCAGGUAUUCUCCGAGCCAGAUCAUAGCUCGAAUUCUGAUGGUGCACCGGCACCGUUGGACAGAAGAAAUUCUAUUGAACACGCACAUCAUCCAGUAGACAAUACUUAUGCAACAAUUCAGCCUAGAAAUGCUGAUAAUCAUCCGAUGAAUGAUUUCGCUGAUUAUGCAACGCUUAGAAAUAACAGAGCACCUUCGAUGUACGAAUUCACAGGCUCAACAUUCCAAGCCCCUAUAAGAGAAGGUGAUGAUGCUGUUGCGGAACUUAUAUAAUCACCAACAACCAUUAUAUAUAACCAAUACUCCUGAUAUAAAUUAAAAACACAAAUAUUCGAUUGUAUUGUUAUACAAAUAUUUAUAUACAUACCUAUAUAAUUAUGUAUUUAAAGUGCAUAACGAAACAAACAAAUAUAAAAUGGCUAAAUGCCAUCAUAAAUUACACAGCUACUAAUCAACGGACGCGCUAUUUGAGUCUCACAUCAAAAUGCAAACGAACAAAUUUAAUAAACAAACAAGCAAACAAAACAAAAUAAAACGAUAUACAUUUAUAUAUUAUACACAUACAUACAUAAUAUGAAAAUAUUUCUAUAAUGACAAUAAGCUUAGUUAUAUGUUUACUAUAUAUAUAACAGUUGAAAAGUUAUAAACUGCAAUAAAUUGUUAAUUAUUUUUUUGUUUGCAUAUUUGAUUAUAUUAUAAUUAACAUACUAAUUUUUCAUAAGAAGCUAUGUAUUUUAAUUUCACAUAAUCUUAUUAACGAAUAAUGUUGAUUUCAAAAUCAAAUAAGGAAUUAAGAAUACAGCUCAAAUUCAAAUAUUUUGAAAAAGCAUUUAGCACUUUUUUUUUAUUAAAAAAAAAAAAACAAAUUAAUAUUUUUGUUUUUUUUUUUAUCAUAAACAUAUUUUAUAUUUAUAAUUUAUGUGCGGGGUAAUACACCAUUGAAACCAGAUCAAUCUUUCCAGAUAAAUUUAAUUGUUUUCAUUUUAUGUAACUCUGAUUUUCUAAUUUUUAAAAUAAUAUUGAGAGAUCUGCAUUUAAGUAUAAAUAAUUAGUUAUGCGAGGUGUGCUCAAAAAGUACCCGGAAUUUUCGUUUUUUUUUUCAAAAAAUAUUUAUUUAUUCGUUUACAUCAAUGUGGUCUCCUUCAAAGUAGUCCCCACCAGAUAUAAUACACUAACGAGUUACGCCAGCGUUUUUUCCAAUCUUCAAAGCACUCUUGAUACAUAUUCACUUUUUGAUAUGUCCUUGAGCAUUCUCAGCUAUUCGGCCUUUAUUUCUUCGAUCGAGGAAAAAUACCGUCAUUUCAUGAGUCUCUUCAACUUUGAAAACAGGCAAAAGUCACACGAAGCCAUAUCUAGUGAAUAUAUAGGUUGGGGCAUGACUAUACGGUAUUGUUUUUGGCCAACAAAUUACGAACAAGCAACGACGAGUGAGCAGGUGCGUUAUCGUGGUGCAAAAGCAAUGAAUUGUUUUUCUUUAAAUCUGAGCGUUUUUUUUCGGAUUUCUUCAUGCAAACGUCGCAUAACUUCAAGGUAAUACUCCUCAUUAGACCCGCAAAUUUUAAAAAUUUCGGGUACUUUUUGAACUCAACUCGUAUACUGCAUCUGAAUCAGUUGCUUUUAAAAUUGAACAUGCACCAAAAAAUUCGAAAAUUCUUCAAAUAUAUGACACAAAAUCAAAGUAAGAAGAGAUUUUGAAGUGGUAAAAUUGGAAUAUUAAAAUUGUGUAGUCAUUAUCUUAGCCUGUAAUCGAUUAAUUCGAAAAGUUUAAUUUUGCGGAAAAGGGCAUAAUUCUACUAUUUUAUUUAUGGCCUUCGCUUUGAGUUGAUUUUUGUUGCUCAGAUUGCAGUUCUGGAGCCUUACCUUGAUCUCUUCCCACAAAAGCUGAAUGGUACUGAAAUCUGGUGACUGAGGUAGAAUCUUGAACUGGUUUCUGGCAUUAUAAAGCAACCAUUCCUUCAUAACAAACGAUGUAUAAUUAAGAUCUUAAUCUAUUUGAAAGUAAAAUGGUCCUGGUUAAUUCAGUUUUUCUGCGGCUUGACUGUUAUUUCUUUUUUAAAAAAAAGUCCCGAAAGGUACAUAUUCCCAUAAUUAUUUCAAUUAAUUUAAAGGUUCCUUUUUCCCUUGCUGCCAUAAACCCCUAUAACAUAACAUUACCUCCUCCAUGUUUAACAGAAUUGUGUAUUGGGCAUUUUCUAAACGGUUUGCUUCCGUCAGACCCAAACAAAAAUUUAUUAAAAUAUAAUACAAAAAUAAAACGAAUUUGCCAAAAACGGCACAUCUUAAAUAUUAAAAGUAACGAAUUAUUUUAAUAUGUGUGCAUGCUCAAUUUCGGGAGUAACUGUAUGUAUGAACUUAUCUUUUCAAUCUUUGAUUCUUGUCAUUGAAAACCACUAAAGUUUUUACGUUUUUACAAAUUGUUGAUUCUUUUCGUUAAGUUUAAUUUUAAUGAAUUCAAUGAAUUGAAAAACUGAACUGGCUUCAAAAACUUUAGAACUACAUAAGGCUAAUGGAGAAAUGGGACAUAUUGGGCAGGUUCAGACAAAAUAAGGGACUUCAUUAGCAGUCAACUACACAACAAAAAAAACUACUUAGUUUUCCAAGUGUCAUACAUUUCUUCUAACUGGGAGCUUUACUUACGAACCUAAACCUUUAGUAGGUUUUGCAAAAACUACCAAACACCUUAUUGUCUGCAAAACACUCCUUAAACAAGCUACAAGUCCAUGAAGACAUGCAUUCCGUAUUGUAAAGAAUUACACAUUAGUUAUUUCUUUUCCAAUUUGACUACGAAUACUUUUACAAAAAACAUUAAAUGGAAUUUUGAUGAAAUUAAAUCAAUCACAGAGUAAUAAAGUUCAGCCUUCAGUUAAAAGAAAGAAUAUGACAAGCUGUCAUUUUGACAUUAUUUUAUUUUUAUGACUGACUUUCCCAUCAACUUUCCAAUAAAGUUGCAUUUUUGGAAGACAAUUUUUUGGCAGUUAGAUACUAGAUACUUGUAUUACCUUUAAGUCACUUUGUGUAUGAACCUGCAUUUUACACACAAAAUGGGCGCAUUCACAAAGCUAGUGACUACGUAGUCAAAAUUCAACUAGCUUUGUGAAUGCAAAAUUGCACUACAAACCUAGUCAAUUCGGAACUGUCAUAUUAAUAACAAUUACAAAUAUAUAAAAUAAGAAAUAUUUUGUGUUUUCAGAACUUUAAAUAGUUUUUGUCUUUUAAAAUCCAAAAAGAAGAUAUAAUAUAAAUUGAUUUAUAUUUGUAUUUAAAUACAGAAAGAUUCAUUUCAAUUUGUCCUUACAGAGCAGCUGAUUGUGAAACGUCAAAAACAGUGGGCACUAACUUUGUAGCCGAUUUUUACACUACGUUGGAGGGGAAAUUUCAACUACUUUUGUAGUUACAUUUAGCCAAUCAGAAUCCCUUGACUACGUAGCCACUAGCUUUGUAAAUGCGACGAAUAUGCGAGACUUUAUUUUAUAUAUUUUUCGUUGAUAUUUAAAUUUAUUUUAUAUAUUUUUUUCUCUUUAACUUUUGCAUUGACGAAUUAUUUAUUUGGUUGUUAGAUUUCCGUCUCUCAAGUCAAUAUUUGACUAUCAACAAAUUUCAAGUCUUAAUCUUAUUUCGCACCCUCUUUAACUUCACACCUAGUAAUUAUCAGAUACUUGAUCCUUAUAUACUUCUGGUAUAAAAAAGAGAAAGUAUAAAAUAUUAAACUUUAAUUCGAUGUUCAAUUUUAAUAACGCCAACUAAAAAUGGCCAAGUUCUGUUGCAAUCGAAAUCUAUUAAACUUUGAGCUUUUCACUUGAUGAAUCAGGCCAAAACUUAAAAACUUUGGAAAAUAAAUAAAUCUGGUUUCAAGGAAUUGCUUUGCAUAAACCUGUGUUUAACUAAAUUUUAAAAACUAUGAAAUACAAAAUCGGUAAAUCUUAAUAACGUCAUUUAAAUUUAUUUUUUAAGUUUUGGAAUAUUUAGUGGAAUAAAAUGUUUAUUUACUGAAAUAUUUGCAAACAAAUACAAAACUAAAACCAAUUUAAUGCAAAUUGCUAGCUCAUAUAUAAUUUGUUUAUUUAGACAGUUAACGGUUACUAAAAAAAAAGAAACAGUGAUAAGAGCGUUAGAAUUGUCGUAAUAUUCUUUUUAUAAAUACUUAUACAUAAUAUGAAUAUGAAUAAAUAAAUAUAUUUAAAUAAACUAGAAUAUUAUAUACAUAAAUAUAUAUACAUACAUAUAUAUGUCUAGAAUAUUAUAAUUUUUUUUAGUAAGAAAUGUAAAGAGAUUUGUAGAGCAAAGGAAGAAAAAAAAACAACACAAAAUAAAAAUAAAUAAAACAAAAAUUAUUACAUACCAACUGAGAGAUUGAACAAAAUAAUAUAAAAUUGCCAAUAAAUGUAUAAGUUAUUUAUGUA